AUGGAUGGCUUCGGAGCCCUGUUUAGAAGAAAUCCAUUCAUCUUCCUCUUCCUCGUGCUCUUUCUUUUGCAUAUUCAGAUUCUGGGCCUGGACAUCGGUAGUCACCCCACCCCUGACGUCUGCGCCACACACACAAUUUCACCAGGACCCAAAGGAGACGAUGGUGGAAAAGGAGAUCCAGGAGAGGAGGGAAGGUCUGGCAAGGUGGGACACAUGGGACCAAAAGGAAUUAAAGGAGAACUGGGUGACAUGGGAGAACAGGGUAAUAUUGGCAAGAGUGGACCCAUUGGCAAGAAGGGUGAAAAGGGGGGAAAAGGUUUGCCUGGGAUACCUGGAGUAAAGGGCAAAGCAGGUACUGUCUGUGAUUGUGGAAGAUACCGAAAGGUUGUUGGACAAUUAGAUAUUAGUGUUGCUAGACUAAAGACAUCUAUGAAGUUCGUCAAGAAUGCUCUCAUUCGGGUCCAUACUGAAGAUGUGUUUUCUGAAAUGACUCAGACUGUCAUCAAUAAAUUAAACCCUAGAAGGUUUAACAUGGAGCAAUAG